AUGGCCAGAAGUCCUGAAUUGCGCAAAACCCGCUCUCAGAGCCCGCUUACCAGAAGCAUUUCGGUAGAAUCGAUUGCACCUAAAUUGACGUCCUUUUUUGGCAAGCGAAAGAGACUUAGAGAUUGGGGGUCGGAAAGAGAGGACGUUUCUUCUCACGAUUCAGACUCAGAUGAUGAGUCACUGCCCGAUCCCAAAAAGAGGAAAGUGGAGCAGCAGAAAAUAGAUGAAGCAUUUCAGGCCAGAGAGAAGGAAUUGGAUGAAGAACUACCUCAAGAACUAAGAAAGUUCAGGCCCACUGGCUACAGGUUCAACUUGCCUCCUACAGACAGACCCAUCCGGGUCUAUGCCGAUGGGGUGUUUGACUUGUUUCAUUUGGGACACAUGCGGCAAUUGGAACAGGCCAAAAAGGCCUUCCCCAAUGCUCAGUUGGUGUGUGGAGUGCCCUCAGAUGUGGAAACUCACAAACGCAAGGGGUUGACGGUGUUGACCGAUACACAGAGAUGUGAUACCUUGAAACACUGUAAAUGGGUGGAUGAAGUGGUGCCCAAUGCACCUUGGUGCGUAACUCCCGAGUUUGUGAAGGAGCACCAUAUCGACUAUGUUGCUCACGAUGAUUUACCCUAUGCUUCUACCGACUCCGACGAUAUAUACAAGCCCAUCAAAGAAUUGGGGAUGUUUUUGGCCACACAACGUACAGAUGGGAUUUCGACUUCUGACAUCAUCACUAAGAUUAUCAAAGAUUAUGACAAGUACUUGAUGAGAAACUUCGCUAGAGGUGCCACUAGGAAAGAGUUGAAUGUGAGUUGGUUAAAGAAGAACGAAUUGGACUUUAAAAAACAUAUUAACGACUUCAGAACCUACUGGGUCAAGAAUACCGCCAAUAUUAACAAUGUCUCUAAAGACUUAUACUUUGAGGUCAGAGAGUAUAUCCGGGGAAGAAAGCAAGACUCUGACUCGGCCGCCGCUAGCGACUCAGAAUCAGAGAUGAGUUUCAGACAAUCGACUCCAAUGGCCGAGUUUGCCGCCAAGUACAUUGGAAAUGCCAACAAAGACUUGAACGGAAAGUCGAUAUUCGCCAAUGUCAAAGGAUGGAUGAGCCGUGAUCAUCACCAGGAAUCGGACUUUGAAAGCGACUCCACUUUGGUCACAACCCCAAAAAACUCUGUCAAAGGUAGGAAACUCAAGAAACCGGUUAGUAGAAAAAAAUUGACCAACUAA